ACAAGUCGUGGCCGGGGCCGCUCACCAUCGUCGUCGUCCCGGGACGGCCCGGUCACAUCGGCCACCGUUGAAACCAGGGAGCCGUCCCCCGACCAGGCAAGGAGCCGGCCCAAGGCACGGCUGCGCGAAGUCCGAGCCAAGACCAUGGACUGCUCCGAGUUCCAGGCGGUGCACCAGGCGCUGGUUCGCUCGCAGCGAGGAGGAGGUGGAGUCGCCCACCACUCCGUGCGGUCGUCAGCGCCGCCACCCGUGAGGAUGGACCAAUCGGGCCGCUCCGAAGACGGCGGCGGCGCCGGCGUCGUCCCCGGCAACGGCACUUACAAGACGUACUUCCAGACGAGCCGCGCGGCCGCUCAGGCGGGGCCCCGCACGGGGCAGGAGGCUCCGCGCAACGCCGCCGCCGCCGCAGCGCCCUCCGACAGGUUCCAGCCCCGCGCGGUCGCGUCGAGGCCCGCGGAGCCCGACGCUCGCCCCGCGGUCGCGACUCCGCAGGGCCAGAAACCUCCGCACGUCCGCUCGACCCCGGGCCGGGAGGCCGGGGGCGUCGCCAGCCCGGGCAUCGCGCGCGGCGCGCUCAACCUGUCCGACGGGAAGCCCCGCGCGGUCGUCGCCACGUCCGUGUCGCAGACGCGGCUGCUGCCGGACAAGCAGGGCCCCGACCCGAGCUGGGCCCCGUCGGACAGGGGCCGCGCUGCGGGCGACGAGGCGGACGGCCCGGGGGACGGGGGGGGGCGGCGGCGGCCCGGCCGGGAGGGGGAGGCCGCGGGGGCCGCGGCGCCGCGGGCGCCGCUCAGCCGGGACGAGAUCGAGCAGCGGUGGCGGCAGGUGGAGAAGACGCCGGUGCGGGAGGAGAAGCAGAUCCCCAUCGCCACCAUCAAGCCCACGGCCUCCUCCAUGAGCCCCGAAAGUAUGGUGGAGCUUCUGCAGAAGGAGGUGGAGGAGUUGCGCUGGCAGUUGGAGCACGUGCAGCAGGAUCUGCGGAGCUCGCGGGGAGAGAACUCGGCGCUGUUGGCGCGGCUGCGUGCGCUCGAGCAGUCCGAGUACCCCCCGGCCGGAUUCGUCUCCCAGUUAAACAUCGGCGUCGCGGCAGCCGAUUACCAAAGCCGGAGGAGCGGCGGCAAGGAAGGCCUCUUAGAGCACGGCGCGCGGCCGCGGAGAAGCCUCACGGGCGCGCAAAUCCAUCACGGCCACGAGGAGCCGGCCGCCGCCACCAGCGACGACGACGACGAUGAACGCUGCGUCCGGGCGCCGGGCUCCCGUCCGUGCAAGGCCGAAGCGCGGCUGAGGGAGACCGAGGAGGCCCUGGUGCACAAGACGAAGGCCUGCCUCGAGCUGGAGGAGGCCGCGUCCUCGGCGCAAGAGCGCCACCGGCUGGAGGCGCGCCGGCUCCAGCUGCGGCUCGACGACGCCGAGGAGCGGCUGGCGAGCGCCGUCCGGGACCUGGCGGCCACGGAGCGGCGGCAGGCGGACGGGGCGCUCGCGGACGCGGAGCGGAGCCGGCGGGAGGCGGCCGAGGCCGUGGCCAAGGAGGCGGCCGCUCGCCGGCUCGAAGCGGAGGAGCGGCGCCGCGCGGAGCUCGAAGAGCGGUGCCUGCGGCUCCAGACGGAGGUCGCCCGCCUUGAGAGCGAGAGGACGAGCAUCUCGCAGGAGGAGGCCGAAGUGGCGAGAAGCCUGGAGCGGAAACUCGCGCAGAGCGAAGCCUCGGCGCUGGCGCUGUCGCGGCAGCUGCGAGCGGCCGAGGAGGACAACGAGACGCUGCGGUCGCAGAAGGAGACGCUCGAGCGGGAGCUGUUGGACGCGCGCCGCUCGGACGCCGGCCUGGCGGGGCCCGAGGAGAGGCCCGUCGUGCAGAUCGACGGGCAGCCCAUGGAGUGGCUGGACAAGGAGAUCGAGCUGCAGGAUCUGGCGGCGCGCCACCGGGCGGAGCUCCGCGACACGAAGGCGUCCUUCCAGAAGGAGGCGGAGCGGCUCCGGGCGGAGGCACGCCGCGCCGAGGAGGCGCUGAGGGCGCGGGCGCUGGAAAGCGUGCAGGAGAUGGACUCGCUCACCGUGUGCAUGGAGGCCAUGCAGCGCAAGCACCGGGAGGAGCUGCGCCAGCGGGAGGACGACUUCCGCGAGGAGCUGUCGCGUCGCGACCGCCGCCUCCAGGAGCUGUCCCGCGAGGCCUCCGAUCGGCACCGGCAGGAGGUGGCGGCCCUGACGGGGGAUGCUCGGGCGAGGGAGCGGCGGUUCGGCUCCGCGCUCAAAGCGCUGCUUCAGCAGCUGCCCGGUUGGGAAGAGAACGGCCCGGCCGAGUGUCGCGCCGGCCGCCAGUCGACGGACGAAACGGCGGCGGAUGACGGCGGCGAUCUGGAAAGCGCCCACCUCGUCGAGCUCCUGGCCGAGAGAGUGGAGGAGACGCUGCGGGAAUUCGGGGUGGCGAAGAGGGAGCUGGAGCUCCUGCGGCCUCAGGGAGACCCGGCGGCCCUCAGGGACGCGUUCCAGCGUGACCUUGAGGAAGUCAAGGCGAUGUGCGAGCGCGGCCUCGCCGCCAUGGAGGAGUCCCACCAGCGAAGCAUGGAGGACCUGCAGCGCAAGCACCAGCACGACAUGCAGCUGCUGCGCCAGCAGUCCGAGCAACUGCUGGCCGAGGAGACGGCCGCCACCAUCGCCGCGCUGGAGGCGAUGAAGAGCGCGCACCGCGAUGAGUUCGAACGCGAGCUGGAGAAGGCGCUCAAGUCGCGGCACGGCACCGGCAGCCAGGACGCGGAGCUCAUCCGCAAGCAGCACGAGGAGGAGCUGGCCUCUAUCCAGCGGGAGCUGGGCGUGCUGUCCGAGCAGUACUCACAGAAGUGCCUCGAGAACUCGCACCUGAGCCAGGCGCUGGACGCCGAGAGGCAGGCGCUGCAGCAGUGCCAGCGCGAGAACGAGGAGCUCAACACUCGCUGCCAGGAGCUGAACAAGCGCCUGGCGACGGAGCUGAUGCGGAUCCGCAGCAUCGUGACGGGGGACAGCAACGGCGCCGUGCCCUCGCUGGCACCCGGCAAGGACACGUACGAGUUGGAGGUCAUGCUGAGGGUCAAGGACUCUGAAAUCCAAUACUUCAAGCAGGAAAUCAACGCCCUCAAGGAGGAGCUGCAGUCGGCGCUGAGGGACAAGAAAUACGCGACGGACAAGUACAAGGACAUCUACACGGAGCUGAGCAUCUCGCGCGCCAAGGCCGACCUGGACGUGACGCGGCUCCGUGAGCAGCUGCAAACGAUCAGCCAGGGCGAGGAGCGCGCCGGAUACGACAUCCUCAAGUCGAAGAGCAUCCCGGACUUUUUCAAGACGCAGACGACCUCCAGCUGCAAGCGAACGGUGCGGAACCUCCGCUCCAAGAGCCUGAGGGAGGGCCUCUCGACGCAGGAGCAGAAGCAGCUGUUUGACGAAGCCGAGGUGCAGCAGUGAGGCGGGGGGGGGGGGGGGGUGCGGCUCCCGUUCCCUCUGCACCCUCGCCGCCGAUUGGCGGGCCCACGGACGCGAAGGGACGCGGCUACAGACGA